AACACGGUGCGCUGAAGUUGCGAGUUGCGAGGUUAGAACGUAACAUGCGAGCUCUUGGAAUACGUGGUUUACCUUCAUGAGAGAGCAGCCGCAGGCGACGAUUGAGGAUGUUUCGGUCGACAAGGAAUUUGAUCUUUGCGUUGCGUCGCGCCAAGGAUCGCCGUCUGCACACGUGCGGUCAACAAUUGUCGGAGGUCACCGAAUAUGAAUCUCCCAUCACGGACGAGUAUAAAAAGGGCCCGAUGGAAGGUAGAGCUCUUUACUUGGACGCCCAAGCUACUACUCCACUGGACCCCCGGGUGUUGGAUAAGAUGAUGCCGUAUAUGACGGUGUACCACGGUAACCCACAUUCCAGAACUCACAUGUAUGGCUGGGAAUCGGAAGCAGCAGUCGAGCACGCUCGCCAGCAAGUCGCAGAUUUGAUAGGAGCGGAAAAGAAGGAAGUGAUAUUUACUUCUGGAGCGACAGAAUGCAAUAAUAUCGCUGUAAAAGGCGUAGCAAGGUUCUACAAAUCCAAAAAGAAUCAUGUUGUGACGACCCAGACAGAGCACAAGUGCGUACUGGAUUCAUGUAGAGCCUUGGAAGCGGAAGGAUUUGACAUAACGUAUCUUUCCGUCAAGUCAAAUGGUCUUAUCGAUCUCAAUGAAUUGGAAGCAGCCAUUAGGCCAUCCACAUCCCUGGUUUCCGUAAUGAUGGUGAAUAACGAGAUCGGUGUCAAACAGCCUAUCGAAGAAAUUGGCGCCAUUUGUAGGAAGAGAAAGGUCUUUUUCCACACGGAUGCUGCGCAAGCCAUAGGCAAAGUGCCAAUCGAUGUUAACGCUAUGAAUAUUGAUCUUUUAUCUAUCAGUGGUCAUAAGCUAUAUGGCCCAAAAGGUAUCGGAGCCCUGUACGUUAGGAGAAGGCCGCGGGUGCGCGUGGAGCCGUUGCAAAGCGGCGGUGGACAAGAGAGAGGGAUGAGAAGCGGUACUGUGCCGGCACCUUUGGCUGUAGGAUUGGGUGCCGCUUGCGAGUUGGCGCAGACGGAAAUGGACUACGAUCACAGAUACAUCAAUACGCUGUCGAGUCACCUGAUCGAGAAGUUAAUGUCAACGUUGCCACAAGUCGUGCGAAACGGCGACCCCGUAGCCUGGUAUCCCGGCUGCGUGAACCUAUCGUUUGCUUGCGUGGAAGGUGAAUCGCUAUUAAUGGCUUUGAAGGAUGUGGCACUGAGCAGCGGCUCAGCUUGCACCAGCGCGAGCUUGGAGCCCAGCUACGUGCUGAGAGCGAUCGGUGCCUCGGAGGAUCUGGCUCAUUCCAGUAUCAGGUUCGGCAUCGGACGAUUUACGACACUCGAGGAAAUCGAUUACACGGCGGACAACACGAUACAGCAUGUGAAGCGACUUCGGGAGAUGAGCCCACUGUGGGAGAUGGUAGAAGAUGGCAUCGACUUGAAGACUAUCAAAUGGACACAGCACUAGUGCCUCGUUAUCGUGUAGCCUUUACAAACUUAAGUAUAUAUAGUAUGUAUAUUGAUCAAGUGUAUAAUAUAAUACCGAUCGUAAAUCACGUUAAUAGGUGAAGCUUAGUCGAUUAAGAUAUAAUUUCGCAACGUGUAAUAAAAAUUUUAAUCGAAAAA